CAUGCUGAAAAAGAAGAAGACUACUGGGACUCUGUACUCUGGAGUGAUGAGACCAAGAUAAAUGUUUUUGCAUUGGAUAGCUUCAAAACUGUAUGGUGUAGCAAAGAUGAGGAGUACAAAGAAAAAUGCAUGGUGCCUACAGUGAAAAAUUAUGGUGGUAGUGUCUUUCUGUGGGGCUGCAUGAGUGCUGCUGGUGUCACUGAGCUGCAUUUCAUUGAUGAUAUCAUAAAUUCACAGAUGUACUGCUCUGUAUUGAAAGAGAAGUUUUCCAACAUGACAACAAUGAUCCAAAACACACAUCUAAGGCCACUGUUGCAUUUCUGA